GUCAGCUCGCCUUCAGUUAGUUCAGCAGGCAAAGUAAGGAGAGGAGGGCUGUUCCCUUUCGCCUCUGCUCAGUCUGCUGCUCAGCACGCCGUCAACACACAUUCCACACCAUGGCUGCCACGGAAGUGGACGUAUUUUCGAAUGAGGAGAAACGUAACCUCAGCUUGGGCGGCCAUGUUGGAUUCGAUAGCCUCCCUGACCAACUGGUCAGUAAAUCGGUCACACAGGGUUUUUGCUUCAAUAUCCUCUGCGUAGGAGAAACUGGCAUUGGCAAAUCAACAUUAAUGAACACACUGUUUAACACCAUGUUUGAAAAUGAGGAGGCAAGCCACUACCAGAAUGGUGUGUAUCUGCGGCCUCGAACCUAUGACCUCCAGGAGAGCAACGUCCACCUCAAGCUAACGAUUGUUGAUACCGUUGGGUUUGGUGACCAGAUCAACAAGGAGGACAGUUACAAGCCAAUCGUGGACUAUAUCGACACCCAGUUUGAAAACUAUCUGCAGGAGGAGCUGAAAAUCAAACGCUCGCUGUUUAACUACCAUGACACCAGGAUCCACAUUUGCCUUUACUUCAUCGCCCCAACAGGACACUCCCUCAAGUCCCUGGACCUGGUCACAAUGAAGAAACUGGACAGCAAGGUCAAUAUAAUUCCCAUCAUUGCCAAAGCGGACACAAUCUCCAAGAGCGAGCUUCAUAAAUUCAAAAUCAAAAUAAUGAGUGAACUCGUGAGCAACGGCGUCCAGAUCUACCAGUUCCCGACGGACGAUGAAGCUGUUAGUGAGAUCAAUGCGUCCAUGAACGCUCACCUGCCGUUCGCUGUGGUCGGAAGCGUGGAAGAAGUCAAAGUGGGGAACAAAACAGUGAGGGCCAGACAGUAUCCCUGGGGAGUGGUGCAAGUUGAGAAUGAGAGCCACUGUGACUUUGUAAAACUCCGAGAGAUGCUGAUCCGGGUCAACAUGGAGGAUCUGAGGGAGCAGACGCACGCCCGCCACUACGAGCUGUACCGGCGCUGCAAACUGGAGGAGAUGGGCUUUAAAGACACAGACCCAGACAGCCAGCCCUUCAGUCUUCAAGAAACAUACGAAGCCAAGAGGAAAGAGUUCUUAGGGGACCUGCAACGUAAAGAAGAAGAAAUGAGGCAAAUGUUUGUAAACAAAGUAAAAGAAACCGAAGCAGAACUCAAAGAAAAAGAACGAGAGCUGCAUGAAAAGUUUGAGCAGCUGAAGCGGAUGCACCAGGAUGAGAAGAGGAAGGUUGAGGAGAAGCGAAGGGAGCUGGAGGACGAGAUGAACGCCUUCAACAGGAAGAAGGUGGCAUGUGAGACGCUCUCAUCUCAACCCCUCAAGAAAGACAAAGACAAGAAAAAUAGGUCGGUGAAGACAGAGAACCAGUCUGGAGUGAGCGCCUCCAGCUCCAAAGUGAUGAUGGCCAAGGCCAGCGUGGAGCCCUUGAACUGCCAGAGCUGGUGGCAGGCCAUACAGUGCUGCACCUGCCUGGUCCACAACGCCGCCUGGAAGCCUGAGGGGGGCGUCUUCUGAUGCCCGGGCUUCACAGGGAUUGCACCGGCAAUCACCCCGGGGUCCAUGCUGGAACCGAGACGAAAGGACGGAGCCAGGUGGGGAUGGCCGGAGACGAGUAGGGCAUGGAACUGGGAGCAAUGAGGAGAAACAAGGCCAAAAUGUUAGCAUUAUGUCAUUUUCAGUCCUUCUUUUGCCAUCUCAUUAUGUUUAUUGCUAUAAAAACCCUUUGAUCCAGUCAGCCUAAACUUAAAUCUCCUGUCAGUUUACAGUUGGGGAUUUUGUAGUCCUCCCAAAUUGUUUGUAGAGGUUCAGUCCAGAAACUGUUCACCUCGCCCCUUUAGAAAUCUCCCAUUCUGUCUCAUGGCCGUCCUGUUUGUUUUGUGUUGUCUGUGCAGUGCUUCUCUGUGUUCGCGAUUGUGUGCAGACAGUAUAAAACCUAACCUUGUUGGAUCAAUGUUAAAAAAAAAAAAUCUCCAUUUGCUCAGUGAGUCACAGCUUGGGUAACAUCUCUUUCAAGCAAAAGGAUUUAGAACUCAUUUGGUUUACAAGAGAGGAGCUUUUGUUAUCUCAUCCCGUCUUUCCUUCAUUAAUACAUUCAUGUUGUGCUUUAGUUUGUCUCUAGCAGAAAUAAGCCAUGUUUUUAAAGGAAAGUGGAAUUGCACUGGGAGGUAAAUUCAGUAUCGUUGUGCCAAAUGAAAUGAAAUUGAACUAAAACUAUCUGAAAAUCCUCCAUUUUUCUGAUUAAAUAUAAACAUUUUCGAUAGACUUGGCUUUAAAGGAUGGCUGUUCUUCGCCACCAUCCAGCUGAACGGGACUUUUAUUUUGUUUAGAUGCACAUCAACUUUAAUCUGUGAAUCUCUGUAAGUUUAUCCCUAUCAACGUGUCAUGGUGGAGAGUCUGUGACAAAUCGCUGUUUUGUAGAUAACAGAAAAUAACUAUUCAGUAUUUAAAAAUGGAAUGCAAAGUAAUUUCUUCAGGGCAGAUGUUUACAGUAUUGAUGUGAAAUAUUUAAAGUAAAAAUGAUUUAAAAUAUAUUUAUUUAAAGUAAAAGAGAAAGAAAAAUCUUUAUUUUAUUAUAGUUUUGUUAUAUUAUGGCUCUUUAUUUUAGAAGUCCUGGAUUUUGUAUUACCCACAAUAACUCAAAUUCAGAUCCUGAAAAUGUACCAGAGGGGGUUUGGAGUUUGGGAGAUGAAUCCGCGUCUCGAUGACAAGUUUUACGAUUUGUGGCUUUAUGGAAAAAUAUGUAUUAAGUGUUUGCAGACAAAUCCAAAGCUAGUGUUGAAGGAAUGUAGGUUUCCCCUGUUGGAGAAGGAGAAUGAAACUAACUGGGGAUGAUAUUUGACUGAAAGGUUGAUUUUGCAGAAGAUGGUAAUCAAGGUUUUUAUCAAAAGGAGUCGUCUCAUUGUAGCACAGUGGGAUGAAUAUUACAAACUGGCCUGUAUUCAUAACACAUUCAGCAAUGGGCUCUAAGCUGUUGCAUUCUGGGUGAUGUAAGGUGCCUUGCAGAAGAAUUCAUAUCCCUUGAACGUCAACGUAUGAUAUCGAGAUUCUUUGUGACUGCUUGUGAGGAAACGACUACUUUCAAUGUGAAAUCUAAAUACAAAUGAUCAAUUAGAUUUAGUGCUGGACUGGCUGUAGUUCAGGUUUUAUUCAGUUUCAGGUCUGUUGAAGCCUGCAGCUGCUUUUCUUCUAGAAUUGGCUUGUAUUUGACUUCUCUCAGUUUCAGUUUCUCUGCCUCCACUGAAGAAUAAAAACAGCCCACACUCAGCAUGAUGCUGCCACCUCUAUGUUUCACAGUUAGACAGUAUGUUGAGACUGGUGUUCAGGGUUAGAUAGUGGUUUGCAUGUAAAUGAUGUGUUUGAGAAUAUAGGUGUCAAAUGUACUUCUCAAAUUUUUAUUAGUUAUUGAUUCUGUUGAUCAAUACAUGAAAUCCAGAAAAACUAUAUCAAGUUCAAGUAAUAAGGAGACUUUUGCAAGGCUGCCUUUAUCUUGACCUCAAAUUAAGAAGUUGUGCUCACUGUUAACCAUCUUCAGCUUAAUUCUGUUUAACCUCAAAAGCCUUAUGAAUGCAGCAGCAGGCUGUUUGUCUGUUGGUAAUUUAAUCAGUGAGUUCUGCUUCGAACAAUAAUUUUUAGACGAUGGUGUACAGAUCCAAGAUGUAGACUAAAAAAUAAACCUGUUUAUCACAGUUAAACCACAUUAUGUUGUAAACUGCAGUGUUUGUGCUGCUUGAGGUCUGAAAGCCCAGACAACAUGAAAGCCCAGACCAACCUGCCAUCUGGUGGCGACAGAUUUUAUGUUUCCACAAAAUGGCUGCAGAAAAGUCAGAAGUGCCUUGGCCCAAUGCACAGCAUGCAUGUUUUGUUGGUAGCUUGCAAAUGCACUCUUGAAAUUUGGAACAAAUUGUUUUGCUGCAUCCAUUUGGUAUUAAAAGAAUACACUAUUUCUGCAAGAAGCUGUUAUUGUCUCAGAAAACAGAUUUGCUAGUUUUUUUGUACCAACAAAUGUUUGCUUUUGCGACUGACGCAAUUAGAACCCGUUUUUACUUGAAGUUAUAAUUCAUCAAAAGGUGGGAAAUCUAACAAUCUCCCAUCAGAUUUUCUCACUUGAAGUUUGCAUAUCAAUCAGAACUAGUAAUGUAGUUUGUAAUUCUAAUCGCAGGCACAUGAAGUCCAGUUAAAUAAAUGCACAAUGUAACCUAGGACCAACCCUUAAAUGUGGAUCAGAGAAUCUUGAAGCAUGAUGGUUUGCAAUGUCUGCUUUUUGUACUGCUUGUGUUUCACUGUUAGACCACAAGUAACAGAGAUGUUGAGUCUAAUGGGAAAAAAUGAACUGUUAAUUAAUCUGCUGUUCUGUAAACUCACAAUGUGAAUGAAGUCGACCGGUGUCGCCGUGUACAGAUCCCAGUGCAGCUUGUCCAGAAUGAUCCGCUCCAUGCGAAGAAUCUCCGCUGUCGAAAAGUUGCAUCCACUCCGCACCACCAGGUCUUUAACAGAACCAAUAACCUGUUGCAAACAGACACCAACAGAAGCCAAAUAAACAUAUUGUUUUGAAAAUG